AUGGAUUCCACACCAGUUAUCUACCAGAAUGUCGUUGACGCCAUUCUAACCAUUACUGAACGAACAGAAGCCCCAAAGGAUGACCUGGCAUGCUAUAUCUGCAGUCGAGUAUACGGGAGCGCGGGCUCGGGUCUUGAAAUCAGUUUAGACCUAUUGAGCCAGCUCCCCGGUGCCUCCAAGGAGACCUUCAUUGAGCACGUCGUGGAACCAGUGCGUACGUGCUGUGGGCAUACACUGUGUCUCUCCUGCCUCGGUACGUGGUUUAACAACAAUCAGAUAUGCACAUGUCCAAUGUGCCGCCACACGCUUCGUCUCCCUGCUGAUUUCAACUCCGGAAAUACGGAUUACGAGGCAUCAGUAGCUGGCCUUGAGGGGCUUUGCAUAGAUACCCGGACGCCUGAGCUAGCAGAGUUUUACAGUAUCAUGCAAAUGGCGUUCCAGACUCGGCCCUUGCUCACCACAGAUGAGGACAUGCCAUUUGUUUGGAAUACAAACGCCAUGAUCUACGACUUGCCCAUACUCAUGGUCUCUAUCGCUCGCCGUUUCCACCUCCAGUCGCUUAGACGACCGGGUCAUCUGCCCGGAGACCCUUUCUUUAUGCGACGGCACAAUCCAAUGCUGCCAUCUGUGUCAAGCGGCUACGUGCUUGAUCCCAACUAUUUUGUACGCCCCGAUGCGCCGCUCGCCAAGCAUGAGCAUGUCUUUGAGUUGUACGAUGUUCUUCGCCGGCACAUCGAGAACCCCGAAGCGGUCUCUUGUCGUGAUUCCGCCACGUGCGGUAACUGGAAGGACCUGGCAUGGGAAAUGUGGUUCAAGGUUGCUUGUCAGGAUAUGCCCGAGGCUGAUGGAGGUAUGAGUCGCGAACGGUGGAUGGCAUAUAUGUGGUGUGUCAUCAAGGCACUUUUCGUUUGGCAGGCGUACUGCCACCGCGCGCAGGAGUUGUUUGAUUUGGAUUGA